GGACCAGCAGACAAGAUGGCAGAAAUGCAGAUAGAUCCAGACCUGGCCAAGAGACUCUUUUUUGAGGGUGCCACAGUUGUCAUUUUGAACAUGCCUGAGGGGACAGAGUUUGGCAUUGAUUACAACACUUGGCAUGUGGGCCCCAGAUUCCGGGGAGUCAAGAUGAUCCCUCCAGGCAUCCAUUUCUUCCACUAUAGCUCUGUCAACAGGUGUAAUACCAAAGAGACAGGUCCCCGUACUGGCUUCUUCUUAAGCCUGCAGCAGCGAGACUUGCAGAUUCUGCACUGGAACUCAUUGAAUGAGGAAGUGGACCUCACCCCAGCAUCUGAAGAAGAGAUUGAAAUAAUGAGGUCAAACCUCCAGGAGAUGGACAAGUUUCUUGGGCCAUACCCAUAUGAGACCCUCAAGAAAUGGAUCUCCCUCACUAACUUCAUCAGUGAACCAGUGAUGAAGAAGCUGCAGCCAGAGAGUGGACAGAUCUGUGCCUUUUCAGAGGUUCUGCCGGUUCUGGCUGGGAAGCACACCAAAGACAGAGCUGAACAGAACCUGCCCCGAUAUGACACAGAAUGUAAGAGCUACGCAGAAGGCUUGGCCCGACUGCCCAAAAUGAAGCUGAAAGCUGGCACUGAGAUCCGGUUCACAGAGAUGCCGAAGCAGAUGUACCCUGAUGGUGCUACUCCUGAGGAAAUAACCAGGCACAGCAUGGACCUUAGCUAUGCUCUGGAAACAGUGAUUAACAAGCAGUACUCCAGCCAGCCCCAGGAUGUGCUCGCCGAGCUGCAGUUUGCUUUCAUCUGCUUCCUGAUUGGGAACGUCUAUGAUGCAUUUGAGCACUGGAAAAAACUUCUGAAUGUUUUGUGCAGAUCAGAGGAUGCCAUAGGGAAGCAUCAGGUCCUCUACACCAACCUCAUUUCUGUCCUGUACCACCAGCUCAGUGAAAUUCCAGCUGACUUCUUUGUGGACAUAGUCUCCCAGGACAACUUUUUAACCAGCACCUUACAGGUGUUUUUUUCCUACACCUGCAGCACCACCGUUGACAGGACGCUGAGGAAAAAGGCAGAAAAAUUUAAAGCCCACCUCACUAAGAAAUUCAAAUGGGACUUUGAGGCUGAGCCAGAUGACUGUGCCCCUGUGGUAGUUGAGCUGCCAGAAGGUGUGCUAUUGGACUGAAUGAAAUGCUGUUUUGGAACCAAGCACGGGGGG